CCAACGCAACCCGGGUGUCUAUUCGUUGUAUUCCUAGAUUUUUCGAUUUUGGAUUAAAAAACUUAAAAGAACGUCACCUAACGAUGGAGUAUGGUCAAUAUUCCAAACGUAAGCCGUGGCGAAAAAAUCUGUAUGAAAACUCCGAGUAUGAAGACAACUACACCGAUCCCAGCUUCCUACAAGAUCUGAAAACCAACCAAAACCUUCAGACCUACACGUUUUCGGAAGCAUUCUUCGGAGCAUCUCGAGUGAGCCUGCAAAUAUCGAUCGUCACAGCGUUCCUGAUUGUGUUUCACUAUCUGUACACGGACGGCGUGAGUCCGCAGAAUAUCCUAGGAAAAGCCGUGUGUGGAACCAUCGUUGGAUAUUUCGUAUAUUCCGUCCGCAACCUUCGAUUUGCACAUGUCAUUGAGGAUUCAAAAACCGCUGUGGCCGUGCUGGUGUUCGGCUACAUAUUCUCACCGCUGCUGCAUACUCUGACCGACAGUGUCAGCACGGAUACCAUCUUUUCGAUGACGUUUCUGGUGCUGGCCCUGCACCUGAUAUUUUUCGACUACGGCGUAUCGGCAGCGAUUGUUUCGAAGGCGAUUUCCCUGAACGCGGCUAUUUUCGGUGCCAUCUGUUUGGCUUCCCGGCUUUCGUCGUCGUUUCAUGCCUUCGUCCUGCUCGAGGUAGCCGCCGUCUACUUCGCCCUAGGGCCUAUUCUGGUGGCAAGGGUGUUUAACUUACCACUGGUGCUGGCAGCCGUUGCCAGCUGUUGCUACUUUUUGCUGCAAAUUUCCAUGACCAUCUUCUGGACCUACAGCGCUGCGCUGGUUUUCGUUAAUCUUCUGUGUCCGCUGCUGUUCGUGCGACUGCAGCGGCAUAAGAAUAACAUCCACGGACCGUGGGACGAGGCAAUUGUGAACGAUUGUAAUAGUAACAGUAGUUGAAUCGUUCUAUUCUGUACAAUAAAUUCUAGUCAUUAGUGCUACCAAAAAUUGUUAUGUUAAGGUAGUUUUACGAAAACGGACAAUGAUUUUGUAUUAAUAUUUUUAAUAUGCUUCGGAAUAAAUUACGGUACUAU